UUAAAGCCGAAAAAAAUGGUCGUGAUGUGGAUGAGUAUAAACUGAAUAGGCUGUCACGAGGUUUCCGUGAUGGUGAUGGUGUCAGCAUACUGUAUGACAUGGCACCAGAUGAAACAGCCGGCGACGUCGAACGUCGCAUUGUUGAUGUAAUCGCACGUGGAUUGCUUAAAGUAUGA